AUGAUGAGAACACCAAUGAAUGAUGAAAGUGGUUUGAAGAAAGGUCCAUGGAGUCCAGAAGAAGAUAAAAUAUUAGUUGAUCAUAUUCAGAAACAUGGCCAUGGAAGUUGGAGAGCUCUUCCAAAACUUGCAGGAUUGAAUAGAUGUGGAAAGAGUUGUAGAUUAAGAUGGAAUAAUUAUCUAAGGCCUGAUAUUAGAAGAGGAAAAUUCUCUGAUGAAGAAGAGAAUCUCAUUAUCAAUUUACAUUCAGUUCUUGGAAAUAAGUGGGCAGCUAUAGCAACACAUCUUCCAGGAAGGACUGAUAAUGAAAUAAAGAAUUUUUGGAACACACAUUUAAAGAAAAAGCUAAUGCAAAUGGGGUUAGAUCCUGUGACACACAGGCCAAGAACAGAUCACCUAGACCUUCUUACCAAUCUUCAACAAAUAAUAUUGAAUGCUGCAAAUAUUGUCACUAAUUGUGACAUAAAUAAUGUUCUAAGGUUACAACAAUAUUCACAGCUUCCACAAUGUUUGAUAAAUGAUCUUUUGGGAUUUAAUCAUAAUAACAUACAAAAUUUCUAUGAUGGUUCCAAUAUUGGUUUUUCUUCUCAAAUCGUUCACCCUAAUCAUUUGCAAAAUUUUCAAGCCCCUCUUCAGCAAUUUUUGCCACAAGAAUGUGACUACUUUCAAAAUUUUGAUGAACAAAUGGAUAAUACAAAUGUUUCGUCAAAUACACUUCCAAAGUUAGUUUCGGUCUCGCCUCAAUGUUCGCUAACAGAUAAAUUAGACGAAGAAAAUAUAAUAAAUGAAAAAGAUCGGAGUUGCAACAUUUCUUCCUCUAGUUUUGAAACAUUGGGAGAUUUUAUGAAUGAAGAUGCAGAUGCUUAUUGGAAAGAUUUCCUAGAGUAA